UGGGAUUCACGGUGUGUCUGGUUACCGUUUAGCUAAAGAGAAGAAGUUUACUGGGAAUAAAAGCACUGUUUGUGGUUCUCAACUGGGGUUUUCAUGUAUUUUUUGCUUUUUUUCACAUUGGCCUGUUUAUCGACAUGCUACUGUCGGACCGAAAACGAUGAGAAGGCUGAGAGCAUGUGUGGUCUUCUGAGGCAGAGUCUGACAUCAACAUCAGUGUCAGUGGAGAUCGACAAAAAGGGUUUCCACAGGGAUGUGGUAACCACUGUGGAGUUCAGUCCUGAUGGGCCCAGUGACCUUCAAGCUCUGGUGGUUCAUAAAUGGCCCCGAGGGAUCUACGUUGAUCCUUACCAACUUGCAUCACUAAGCGAGCACACUGACUGGCAGGUGUUACUAGAUUCAGCCAUUGACCUUGAGGUUCCUGCUCACAAGACUGUGGGACUGGUCGCUUUUGUGUUUCCCGCUCUGCAUGGACGAAUUCCCAGACUCCUAAAAGUUACAGUCCCGGUCCAUGGCCGCUACCAUGAACCCUCUUUUGAUGGUAAAAAGUUCACAUCUAUUGACUUAGACCCUCCUGAGUUGCUGCUGCGUACGGGCAAAUGUACACAGCUCAGCUACUUGGACCCUCAUACGAUUGUGGACGCCCCUUGCACUGCCGACAACUCAAGUAUAUGUCAGUGGGCUCGAAUCCAGCAUAAGCAGGGCCAGGCCAGUUUCCAGCUUCCAGUUGGUGAUGGGUUGUUGGUGAUCCCUGUAUGCAGUGCAACUCUGCUGGUGACACUGGUGUGCUGUGUGGCACUGGCAAAAACCGUUUGGAAACAUCAACUGUUUACACACUGAUUGUCACUGCAUCUUGUAUUAAACAACUUGGAUAUGAACCAUGAACACAGCAUCAUGGCACAGGGUUUUGUUGUUGUUUAAUAAAAUCACUUGAUUCUGCAGAUUUUGCAUUGCACUACUGGACACUGUUGGAUUUGUAGAUAAUGUUUUAAAUAAUCCGCGUAAAUAAACUAUGAAUCCUGUAAUACUAA